ACAGGCCCCAGCUCUCCAAAUCUUGCAGCACUUGUUGUGUCUUGUGGACACUUUGGAGCCAGAUAAGCGUUGACGGAAGACACUGGAUUUAUUUUUAAUACAUUAGAGAUUUGCAGCAUUUAACAGUACUUUCUCUCAUAUAGGCUGUAUACCAAAACAUUACUUUUCUGAAAUACAUUUGAGUGUUGUCGCCUGCGCAUAGCCGUCGGACCGGCCUAUUCGGCAUUGUUUUUUGGGGCGACCGUUAUCCAGCAACAGAGCCAGACAGGAAGAGCGAGGGAACUUAUUCCACGAGCCUCUUUAGACCGACCGGAGAUAAAUCGAGGAAACAUUCGUAAUUAGAAACAGUUACGUAACCUGGUAUAGGUGGAACGUCACGGAUACGUCUGGUAUCCAACAACAAGUCAACUUUCAGCCUGUCAUUAUUUUAUUUUUGUGAUUUUAUACGGAGAAAAUUACCGUCCGUUUUCAUGCCAGAUCUGCAGCGCUUUAGUUUUCCAUACCAUAGUAUGAAUCCUUUGUUAGAGGCGAACUCGCUUCUCCAACAUCAACAGCAGCACAACCAAGGAGGACCGAGUCAUCCGGAUUCCCCCUCAGGCCUUCUACCCGAAGCCGUCUUCUGCUCGCCCGACCCGACAUCUUUCUUCCUGGGCGACCAUCCCGGACUGGGCUCGGAGUCUCUGCCAGGGUUCGAUUUCACCACACCCUCACAAGCUUACCUGCAUCUGAAUCAUAAUAACCACUCUUAUCAUCGGUCUGUGCCCCAACCUCCUGCAGCGAUGGCCCUGAGGAACGACCUGGGCUCCAAUAUCAGUGUCCUAAAGACUCUGAACUUACGGUUCCGAUGCUUUCUGGCCAAAGUGCAUGAACUUGAGCGAAGGAAUAAGAUUUUGGAGAAACAACUACAACAGGCGUUGGAAGCGAAGAACAGCUGUGAUGGAAGUUGUUCUGAAAGCGCUAGACGGGCCCAUACCCAAGAAACAGGUGUACAGACCGGGUUUGUGGGAACUAUCCCGCUCAGGCCCGGGUCACUCCCGUUCCAAAACACCAAUAACUCUGCGAGACGACCCACUCACCUCUUCACACCUGCCCUCAACACUGUCCUCACGCUUGAGUCCAAGAACAAAGCUGAAACAAACCCCACCGAACCGAAUCAUAAUCCUACCAUCACGGUAAGCCUAUCAACCCCGACAAUCGACUCUCCAGCCGGGUCCAAUUCAAUCACCAACGGGAAAACGGUUUUCAGUACUGGCACUGGAACCCCAACCAACCCGCCUCCCCGGUUCCUCCCCGGUACUAUCUGGUCCUACAACCAUACCCGCAAGUUCGGUUCUGGCGUGGAGACGCGCGUCACCAGCCCCGGUGUGUCCCGGGUCCAGCCGGACGGGGUCGGGGUCCAGAUUGAUACCAUUACCCCGGAGAUCAGAGCCCUGUACAACGUCCUGGCCAAAGUCAAGAGGGAGAGAGACGAGUACAAACGCAGGUGGGAGGAGGAGUACACUGUCAGAGUGGACAUGCAGCAGAAGAUGGAAGACCUACAGGAGGACCUCCAGGAGAGCGAGGGCUGUCAGGAUGAGUUGGCUGUCAGAGUGCAGCAGCUGAAGGCUGAACUGGUGCUCUUCAAAGGCCUCAUGAGCAACAACAUGUCUGAUCUGGACAGUAAGAUCCAGGAGAAGGCCAUGAAGGUGGACAUGGACAUCUGUAGACGCAUCGACAUCACGGCUCGCCUGUGUGACGUGGCCCAGCAGAGGAACUGUGAGGAUGUCAUCCAGAUGUAUCAGAUCCCUAACACCCAGUCUGCCAUCAACUGUCGCCCUCGGAAACAGACCCCGCUGUCCGUCAACAGUAGUGAGGGUGAUGAGACUAUCAGCACCUCGGAGAGCGAUGGGGGCCUGCCCAGAGAGGAGGAGCUCUGUGGCUCGUCAGCCAAUCAGAUCAACGAGGAAAUGCAGAGGAUGCUCAACCAGCUGCGGGAGUGUGAGUUUGAAGAUGACUGUGACAGCUUGGCCUGGGAGGAGACAGAGGAGACUCUGCUGCUGUGGGAGGACUUCCCAGGAUGCACUCUGGCUCCAGAGACCACCCACCAGCCAGGAGAGCAGGAAGACCAGUGUCUGGAGAAGGUGAUUAACGACACUGAGGACUUAUUCAAAUCCAGGGAGAAAGAAUACCAAGAGACCAUCGACCAGAUUGAGUAUGACUUGGCUACAGCUAAGAGUGAUAUGAACCGUCACCUACAUGAAUACAUGGAGAUGUGUUCUAUGAAGAGAGGCCUGGAUGUGCAGAUGGAGACCUGCAGGAGACUCAUCACCCAGAGUGGGGACAGUAAGCCUGGCUCUCCUGUGGCUGGUGAGGAGAGCGUUGACCAGGCUAAGAAGGAAAGGACAACAGCGUCGCCUCUUCUCUCCAACUCUCCUCCCAGAUCAUGACUUAUCAAGACCACCUCCAUCACAUGCUUCAUACCAUCCAAGCACUGUACCACGCAACACUCUACCGUCACUAUAGCAACGCCAUGUUUACAUUCUAAACACUAGAUGCGUAUUAGUCUAUUUUUAAUUUUCUUCAUGCUAUCUUCAUUCACAUACCUCAAAAUAGGAAAGUGGCAGAUCUAUCUGUUUUUAGCUACGGUGUAGUGUUGUGUGUUUCCAACAGCUUUUAGUCCCCUCGACUGGAAAGUGGUAUUACUAGCACCAUGGAAGUCUGUACAUAAGAAUCCACUGUUUAGCAGAGCAAAGGUAACGAGGUAAUGGAUUGAAAUACACAACUUGAAUUGAGAAUACCUCAUAGCAACUUUUGAUCAAUAUUACAAUGAACUCAUAUGAGUUGUAGGCUAGCGUGUACUCUUAAGGUAGUCGUUGGUACUACAGAGAACCAUGGUAAUAACUCCUAUAGCAUGAUCCAUUUCCACACAGCCAUAAUGAUAAACACGCCACACACCAAUACAUUCAUGAUAGGCUAGCAUAGCAGAUCAUUCUAACAGUGCUUUCCUGUUGCAACAUUGAGGGUUGUUUUCAGACUCAGUCAAACUCACCUAGAAGUAUAACACAGUAAAUAUAAGCCUUAGGGCGUGUUCGUAAAUUCACUCUGGAGUGCCAGAGUGCGCUCUGUGUGUUCGUAAAUUCACUCUGGAGUGCCAGAGUGCGCUCUGUUUGUUCGUAAAUUCAAAGCUUUGUCAGAUUGUCCGUUGGUAAAUUCGCCGUGUUUCGCUCUCGGAGCGACAAGAGCGCACGCUGGACGCUCCGGCCGAGGAGUAGGGUUGAUCCGAGCUUUCUGACCUCAAAAUGGCAGUCAAGCACCCAAGCGAACUGGCUAAUGUUGGCUAGCUUGCUAGCUACUUCCAGACAAAAAUGAGAGCACCUCACUCUGACCAUUUUACUCACCCUAGCAGAGCUGGUUUGGCUGUUUACAUGUUAUCCAGAGCGCUGGUGACUAACUGUGAUGCUGGCAACAAUUGAAUGAAGCUUUUUGCCGAUGUUUACUGACACCAGCCCUAUUCACAGGGUGUUGAGCGCUGGUAGAGUCAUCAGUUAUUCUGCACUCUGGCACACUCAGAUGAGAGUGCUUUGAAAUCGGAGUCGAUAGCCAGAGAGAAUUUACCAACGCACCCUUAAACAAAGCAAAGCCCAGUUGGCAAGAGAGAAAAACUCCAGAUGUAUCACUUUAUUAGCAACAAAACAGAAAUGUACUGUAUCAUAGUUAUUCAAACGGACUAAAAUAAUAUCAAAUCACUCAUUUUAUCAAGACAUCUACACUUCAUUCAUAGGUAUCGAUGAAAACUAGAAAAAGUCCAAUCGUAAACUAAACUCUAAGAUGCAGUCAAUCCGAUGGCGUCACUGAUGUGUGUGAUUCUGCACUCAUGAGUCACAUUUUGAAACAAAAGCCUGCCCGUCGCUCUGCCCUUUCGUUGACACCAGACAGGGUGUCAUGGUAACAUUAUUUUACCGUCCUGUUUCACUUACCUGGUAUUUACUAAGGAAUUAUUGGAUAACAUUGUGUAACAUUGCAUUCUUUCUUCAACACAACUGGUAACUAACUACCUGGUACUAAAUGUUACAUAGUGGUGCUUGUUUCACUGAAUCCCAAAGAACCCCAAAAGUAGUUUUAUUGUAAUUAUAAUGUAAUACCAUUUUACUGUGUCGAGUAAAGUAAAUAGGAGACUGUAACCAGAGUCAACAAGAGGAGAGAGGGGGGGAGAGCGAGAGCAGAGUUUUUUUGUUUUAGAAUGCAGCCGUAGCCUAGAGUUUCCACUAGAUAACACAGCCACAAAAUGAAAAUAGGCUAUAUCGAAGGUUAGCAGUGUGGUUAAGUUUCGGGUCAGAUCUUAAGAAUAUAAAUUGUAGAAAUAGACAGGGUUUGACUUUGUGGUUGUGUAAACUAGUGAUGACCAUAGCCUAGCCUGGUUCCAGAUCUGUAUAUGUGCUUUAGUCAACUCCUCUAACUAUCGUUGUCAUGCCAUAUGCUUUUCUAUGUGACUCCAGAGAGGUCAUCUCUGCCACUGAUCCACUUCUAUCAGGGACUUUGACUUUUGUCAUGGCAUCUAUGGUGAAAGAAGUUCGCUAGAGCACAUACUGAUCUGGUACCAGGCUAGUCAUAGGCUCUGUGUCGGCCCUAUAUGUGGUAGUGCAGUGUGAAUAGUGUAAAUACUCUGUUAAAGCUGAUCUGAGGGCAGCUCUGGGGCCUUGCCCUGCUCUCUGUGUCUCUCUGUCACUGACACAGGGAGAGGGAUACAUAUGACAAAGGGCAUUGACACCCAAGUGUUAUUAUACCUACGAGCUGUCUAAUGUAUACUAAUGUUUUGUUUAGUUUCCAGCAGCAGAGAGCAGAGAAAGCCCUGCUACUCUGUCCUCCAGCAGGGAGAUGGGUAGGCUAGCUAUGAUAAGUUAGAUAGGCGAGAUCUAUGUAUCUGUUCUGUGCUCUCUAUUUCUAUGUCUGAUCUGGUUGGUAAGGACUCAAUGCAUCAGUAGUAUUGUAUCAGAGAGAAACGGAAGAUUGAUGAACAGGCUAUAAAAGACAGAAUGAACAAAUAGACAGACCGACAGAUGAAUGUACAGUACGGAUAGAUAGAUGGACAGAUUAUUGAAUAGAUGGAUAGAUUGAUGACCUGCUGAGAUAAUUUGUUUUUGCUACUUGAGUGCCAAAGCAACUGAAAACAAGCAGUCUGAAUUAACUUUGAGAAAUAUUGCUGAAACAUUGUUAUAUAAGUACUAAAUACUGAUGCUGAAAAGCUAUCUGACACGGUGCUUGAUAUGAUCUAACCUAUUUUUGAGCUUAAAAGUUAGCCGUUAUAAAGAAAGAGCAAAGCAAAUAUGUAUAUUCAAUAAUACAGCAGUAACAGCAAUAAUACGAGUAUUAUAUGUAACAGAAAAGUAAUAAUGACGUGUACAGAUGUAGGAUCUUAAUUUGAUCACCUUUGUUGCCGAGAAUUUUCCUGUUCUAAAAGGGCUUCUAAAGUUUGUAAUUUCCACUUUGAAAUUUCAGACUUGAUUUUCCCUAAUGAAAAAUGCAUCAACCCAUACAAAAAUGGCCAUUAAUUAUAAUCCACAAAAUAAAUCACAUUUCCUGUUGCUGCAGAAUUUUGUCCUAGCUCAAAUUAAGAUUCUACAUCUGUAAUAAGUCAAACUCGUACACGUCACGAAUGUAAACAAUUACUGAGGAAAACUUGUUUUAUUUUCUCCACUUGUCAUCUAUUUGUAGAUUGGGUGAAAUCGCUACAGCUGAGGAGUAGAUUUCCUCUCUGUUAAUUCAACAUACACAAUGUUAUUCAGUAGAAUGUAGAUGUACAAGACAUUUUUGUUUGUCUUCAUUGGCAUUGAAAGAUGCUUCACUUUGAAUACAAAACCUCAGAUAAACAAUAUUUAAUAACUCAAUAAUAGAACACAAGGAUUCCUUCACAAAUACUAUCUCUUUAUCAACAACCAAAUGGAGGCUUCAGUUUAGUUAAUUUCAUUUGUGUUUUUCUUUUUCUUGUUUGAUGAGGAAGUUGUUGAAACAGGUGCAGGCUGCUGGUCACACCUCAAUAUUGUAGAAGGGUUUCCAAGGCUUUCUCUGAACGAUUAUAUAGGUUGUGAAUAACAGGUUUUGAAACCAUGAAAAAAUGAUAUGCAUGUCUUAAGCUACAGUUGAAGUUGGAAGUUUAUAUACAUUUAGAUUGGAGUAAUUAAAACUUGUUUUUCAACCACUCAACAGAUUUCUUGUUAACAAACUAUAGUUUUGGCAAGUCGAUUAGGACAUCUACUUUGUGCAUGAUACAAGGAAUUUAUCCAACUAUUGUUUACAGACAGAUUAUUUAACUUAUAAUUCACUGUAUCACAAUUCCAGUGGGUCAGAAGUUUACAUACACUAAGUUGACUGUGCCUUUAAACAGCUUGGAAAAUUCCCGAAAAUGUCAUAGCAUUAGAAGCUUCUGAUAGGCUAAUUGUUAUCAUUUGAGUCAAUUCCAGGUUUACCUGUGGAUGUAUUGCAAGUCCUACCUUCAAACUCAGUGUCUCUUUGCUUGACAUCAUGGGAAAAUCAAAAGAAAUCAGCCAAGACCUCAGAAAACAAAUUGGAGACCUCCACAAGUCUGGUUCAUCCUUAGUACGCAAGUAUAAACACCAUGGGACCAUGCAGCCGUAAUAACGCCCAGGAAGGAGACGCAUUCUGUCUCCUAGAGAUGAACGUACUUUGCUACAAAAAGUGCAAAUCAAUCCCAGAGCAACAGCAAAGGACCUUGUGAUGAUGCUGGAGGAAACAGAUACAAAAGUAUCUAUAUCCAAGUAAAAACGAGUCCUAUAUCGACAUAACCUGAAAGGCCGCUCAGCAAGGAAGAGGCCACUGAUCCAAAACCAUCAUAAAAAAGCCAGACUACGGUUUGCAACUGCACAUGGGAACAAAGAUCGUACUUUUUGUAGAAAUGUCCCCUGGUCUGAUGAAACAAAAAUAGAACUGUUUGGCCAUAAUGACCAUUGUUAUGUUUGGAGGAAAAAGGGGGAAGGGAGGGACUGGUGCACUUCACAAAAUAGAUGGCAUCAUGAGAAGGAAAUGAUGUGGAUAUAUUGAAGCGACAUCAGUCAGGAAGUUAAAGCUUGGUCGCAAAUGGGUCUUCCAAAUGGACAAUGACCCCAAGCAUACUUCCAAAGUUGUGGCACAAUGGCUUAAGGACAACAAUGUCAAGGUAUUGGAGUGACCAUCACAAAGCCCUGACCUCAAUCCUAUAGUACAUUUGUGGGCAGAACUGAAAAAGCGUGUGUGAGCAAAGAGGCCUACAAACCUGACUAAGUUACACCAGCUCUGUCAGGAGGAAUGGGCCAAAAUUCACCCAACUUAUUGUGGGAAGCUUGUGGAAGGCUACCUGAAACGCUUGACCCAAGUUCAACAAUUUAAAGGCAAUACUACCAAAUACUAAUUGAGUGUAGGUAAACUUCUGACCCACUGGGAAUGUGAUGAAAGAAAUAAAAGUGUAUGUAAACUUCUGACUUCAACUGUAUGUAUUGGGUAUGCCAUUCCUUGGGCUAGGAGUUUCUCCUGACCACAUGACCUAGGUCCUAGACCAGAGGUAAUCAACUAUUACCCUACGAGGUCCGGAGCCUGCUGGUUUUCUGUUCUACCUGAUUUACUAAUUGCACCCACCUGGUGUCCCAGGUCUAAAUCCAUCCCUGAUUAGAGGGGAACAAUGAAAAAAUGCGGUAGAGCUGGCUUUGAGGUCCAGAGUUGAGUUUCAGGGUCCUAUGCUGUAAGGCUUGAACUAGGUUUUUUUUCUGCUCAGGUCAUAUGGCCAGUAAAACUCCUGGCCCUAGCGUUCCUGCUCUUUGGCCAGAACUGGAGAUUAAAAUGGAGAAUAGAAGGCAGCGGAGAAAUAGUGAGAAUAUGUUUUUCUUUGUAUAUUUUACUACACGCACAGAGAGACUGAGUCUCUGCAGUAUGUAUGCAUGAGUCAGCGUGAAUGUUUAGGAGAGUGUUUUAAUGUCCUUGGUUUUUAAAAAUAGUUUUACUGGUUCACUUACAACAUGAAGAAUUACAAUAGUCCUAAAAUGCACACUGUCUUCCAGUGUCUGUCUGACAAUAAACCAAUUCAUAUCCUCUUCACAACUGAACUGAAGGCUAACGGUAUAACUGAAUCAUUGUAAACUAGAGUGGUAGGGACCAUACAGUGAUGUGUUCUGCUGACUGGAUUCCCAUCUCUGCAAAUGUCUGUAAAUCGACUUGAAAUACUGUAUAUAUGUAAAUCAAUGAUGUACAAUAAUCGCUCUAAUAUUCCUUCAAUAAUCAACUUUCUUCAUGAGUGUAUGUGAUUACAAAGUAAAUUUGUUUUAGAAAUGGCACCAAAGUGUAAAAAAUAAUAAAUAAAAAUAACUACUCACAUGCAAAUGCUUUAACAUAAUGAUGGUAUGAUUGCUAUGAUAUUGUAUGCAUUAAAGGAAAACGCUAUGUUGGAUAUAUUGUAUGUUUAAACACUGGCAAUGCAAGGAGGUCCAUAGUCAAAAAUACUUAGUGUCAGGUUCCCGGAUUUGGCACAUAGCUGAACUUUUAAUGUAGAUUGAGAUAUUUGAUUGGUCUUUAAUGUUUCUUGUAGACCAGGAGCCAAUGCUCUUGCUCGGUGAGGACCAAUGUAUUCUCUGGUCCAUAUAUUUUACCAUCAACUAAUUCCAUCUGGCCUGAGUAAGCUAGCAUGCAGGUGAAUAUACUGAGUUGUCAAUGAGAAGACUGUUAGGAAUCACCAGGGCCUCAUUUACUAAGCAUCUGCACCAGUGCCAUGUUUAAACCUGCUCUUUUCAAAAGGGAACGAGUCAUUGAACAAAAGGUCAAGGGAGAAGUAAAGUCCAUUUUCUGUUUCUAUCUCAUCUUAUAAUUCCCUCCGAAAAGAGCAAGUGUAAACAUUGCGCUGCUUGGUAAAUCAGGCCUUGGUCUUUGUUUGGGUGAGGUGUGAGUUAUUUGAAACUGGACUGGCCCCUUGAACAUGUGUGCUUCAACGCAGAGCUCUGUGUACUGACAGAGAGUUCAACGCAGAGCUCUGUGUACUGACAGAGAGUUCAACGCGGAGCUCUGUGUACUGACAGAGAGUUCAACGCGGAGCUCUGUGUACUGACAGAGAGUUCAACCCGGAGCUCUGUGUACUGACAGAGUUCAACGCGGAGCUCUGUGUACUGACAGAGAGUUCAACGCGGAGCUCUGUGUACUGACAGAGAGUUCAACGCGGAGCUCUGUAUACUGACAGAGUUCAACGCAGAGCUCUGUGUACUGACAGAGAGUUCAACGCAGAGCUCUGUACUGACAGAGAGUUCAACGCGGAGCUCUGUGUACUGACAGAGAGUUCAACGCGGAGCUCUGUGUACUGACAGAGAGUUCAACGCGGAGCUCUGUGUACUGACAGAGAGUUCAACGCAGAGCUCUGUGUACUGACAGAGAGUUCAACGCAGAGCUCUGUGUACUGACAGAGAGUUCAACGCAGAGCUCUGUGUACUGACAGAGAGUUCAACGCAGAGCUCUGUGUACUGACAGAGAGUUCAACGCAGAGCUCUGUGUACUGACAGAGAGUUCAACGCGGAGCUCUGUGUACUGACAGAGAGUUCAACGCGGAGCUCUGUACUGACAGAGAGUUCAACGCGGAGCUCUGUGUACUGACAGAGAGUUCAACGCGGAGCUCUGUACUGACAGAGAGUUCAACGCGGAGCUCUGUAUACUGACAAGAGAGUUCAACGCGGAGCUCUGUGUACUGACAGAGAGUUCAACGCAGAGCUCUGUGUACUGACAGAGAGUUCAACGCAGAGCUCUGUGUACUGACAGAGAGUUCAACGCAGAGCUCUGUGUACUGACAGAGAGUUCAACGCGGAGCUCUGUGUACUGACAGAGAGUUCAACGCAGAGCUCUGUGUACUGACAGAGAGUUCAACGCAGAGCUCUGUGUACUGACAGAGAGAUGGAAUGAAGAAUAAAAGAUACAGCUGAGCAAUAU